GGGAUCACAGCUGUGGCCUGGACUCUAGGCUCUUGCCUUGUGGCCCUUCCCGCCUGCUUGAGCCUUAAACGCAAAAUCUAAACCUGCAGUAGCAGCCGCUCUGGACCGGGUGGGCUGGGGGCGGGGUCUGGGCGGUGGGACGGCUGGGGGGGCGUGGUCGCAGCCUCGCUCCUCCCCGGACAGGGCGAGAGGGGGAAGUUCCGCCCAGCAGCCCCGCCCCCCGAGGACUGCCCCGCCCCCUUCCUGCCCGACGACCCGGGCUGGAGGGCAGGCCCGCGGUUGAGAGGCUGGCUGGAGCGGGCCAUGCCUUUGUCUCUACGCUCUUCUGUGUUCUUGAACCUGGUCGUGGGCGUGGUGGGCACCCUGUCUUUCCUGCUGGACGUGGUCGCCGACCUGUGGGCCGUCGUCCAGUAUGUACUCGGUGGCCGUUACGUGUGGGCCGCGCUGGUGCUGGCGCUGCUGGGCCUCUCCUCGGUGCAGAUGCAGCUCUUCAGCUGGGUUUGGUUGACCUCCGACCCGGCGGACCUGCAUGGGUCGAAGCACUCGCGUCGUUUCCUGGCGCUGCUGCAUCUGUUGCAGCUUGGCUAUCUGUACAGGUGCCUGCAAGGGCUGCAGCAGGUGCUGUUCAUAUGGCAGCAGGAGCUGCCAUCUGAGAGUGACAUAGCCUAUGCAGACUUCCUCACCCUGGACAUCAGCAUGCUGCGGCUCUUUGAGAAUUUCUUGGAGUCCACCCCGCAGCUCACACUGGUGCUGACUAUCGUGUUGCAGAGUGGCAAUGCUGAAUAUUACCAAUGGUUUGGCAUCAGCUCAUCCUUCCUGGGCAUCUCGUGGGCACUACUGGACUACCACCGGGCCUUGCGUACUUGUCUUCCCUCUAAGCCCCGCCUGGGCUGGAGCUCCUCUGUCGUCUACUUCCUGUGGAACCUGCUGCUGUUGGGGCCCCGAAUCUUUGCCGUUGCCCUCUUCUCAGCUCUCUUCCCCUACUACGUGGCCCUGCAUUUCCUCAGCCUGUGGCUGGUACUGUUGUUCUGGGUCUGGCUUCAAGGCACAAAAUUUAUGCCAAACUCCAGAUCUGAGUGGCUGUACCGGGUGACAGUGGCAAUCAUCCUUUAUUUCUCCUGGUUCAAUGUGGCUGGGGGCCGCACCCGAGGCCGGUCUAUCAUCCACCUGGUCUUCAUCCUCAGUGACAGUGUGCUGCUGGCCAGCACCUGGGUGACAUGCGGCACCUGGCUGCCCAGUGGGACCUUGCAGGUGUGGUUGAUUAUGGGAGGAGUCUGCUUCCUCCUGGGACUGACUUUGCGUGUGAUCUACUACCUCUGGUUGCACCCUCACUGCCACUGGGAACCCGACCAAGUGGAUGGGGUCGGAAGUCUCCUUCCUUCAAAACGGCCUAAGCCGCUUUAUAACAGGCGCGCCACUCAGUUAGCACGCAACUUCUUCCCCAAGGUCAAAGCAGAGGUUUCUCUGCCAGGGAUUGGAGAUGGGGAAGAAGUCCUUUGAGGCAGGUUCUGAUUCAGCCAGUGAGGAAGAUGUGGGGAGCUGGGCCUUGGAAGGGCCAAAGGCCAAUCACACACAAGCCAUUCUCUUCCUGUCCAACCAACAGAGCUGCCAUCACCAAAGCCUCUUGUUGCUAUUCUCACUUCUCAGGUAACUGGUGGAGGUGGCCCGUCUCCUGGGUUCUCUGGCCUGCUCUAGAAGGCCCUGGGGUGCUGGGAGAUGUUCUCCAUGUCUUCCCUACCCCACCCUAUCCAUUCGCUUCAAUCAACAAAUCCUGAGAGCGCUUGAAGUUCUGGGAGCAUCAUUCUAACUGUUGAAUUGGCGGCAGCCCAAGCUCCUCUCGAUAACCCACUGGACAAAUCUGAUUUCAAAGACCAGAGGCCAGUGGUGACCCUCAGCCCCUCCAGGGUCGAGAUGCAGCUGUCUCUACUGUGGGUCUUAGGCCACCUUAAAACCAAGUGCCUUAUGGACCUGUGGUCUAGGCCAUGUACUAUCCAUUGAGUAUUUUUCAUUCUAGCUAGUAUACAUACCUCCUACCUCAAUCUGUGAAAGGAAGAAAACAUGUGUGCAUGUGUUUAACAGUAUUAUUAAAACCACAUGAAAUUCUCCAAACCAGUAUGUACCAUUAAGUAUAGUCCAUCACCCUUUCUAUUAUAGACAGGUGGCAGGGACCUGGAACCUGUAAAACUGGUUCAGACCCCUGGAAUAGAGAUGUGGGCGGACUUAGGUAUGACUUUGUAAUGAAUAUCUAAAUUGUUCCAGUAUAAUAAAAACUCAGCAAUCAGAAAUUAAGAUAAAGACCUAGUAAAUCCAAGGACAUUGGAGAAUCAAUUGGCUGACCUUUUCUCCAUGUUUUUCCCAAAUUACCUGCCCAGAAAUCCUCUCUUCUUUCUUCCUGUCCUCUCUAACAGACCUCAUGAGUCCUUCAAGAACUCUAUGGCUAAUCCCGAACAGCCAAGUACUGACUUCAUCCUUUGAAUCAAGGUGGCUUUAUUGACACAGUGCAAUGGCUAUACCAACAAUUCUCCUGCAACAUUUCCCCUUUCAGUUGGUAGAGCAUGUGACUCUUAAUCCCACGGUCAUGGGUUCGAGCCCCAUGUUGGGCAGCAAAUGUAGCUAGCCUUUCUCUGUCCCACCAGCUAGCCACAAAAUAACGACAGAGACUUACUAAUUGUGAAAGCUUGGGUUUGUCCCACUAGCUCUUAUAAUUUAAAUUAACCCAUUUAUAUUAAUCUAUGUUUUGCCUUGUGGCUUUUUACUUUUCUUUCAUUCUGUAUGUCUGACUCACUCUGUGUCUUGUUGGCGUCUCAGGCGCCUAGACUCAUCUAUUUCCUCUCUCUCUGCCCAGAAGUCCCACCUAAACUCCUGCCUAGCUGUUGGCCAUUCAGCUCUUUAUUAAACCAAUCACAGCAAUAUAUCAUCACACAGUGUACAAAAUAUCCCAUUUUGCUUUCCAAGAUGCAUUAGCUGGUGAGCCAGAGUGCGUUGCUCAUUUGGCAGGCAGCAGAACUCACAUCUGGGCAGACUCUAGUGUAUUGUCUUAGCAGCUCUGCCUCUGGGCCUGCAGAGUAGCAUCUUUAGGACUAGAAGGUGAGCUUGAGAGGCUGGGUGGAAGGUAAAGUACUGGGAGUCCUCCAUAGGUAAGAGGUGAUUCCUGGGAUAUGGAUGUGAGUGAUGGUUCUGGGGAGAGGGAGCGUUCUGCUCUGGGAAGUCUGUGGUCUGGUGAAACAGGAAACAGGAAAAAGGUGCCAGAGGUGCUACUUUUUAAAGUAGAAGAAAAGGUUCUAGUUCCCAGUGCUGGGACCUAAGAUAGUUCUACCAGUCACUUAUUGGUGUAGAGGUAAAAUAAACAGUGUGACCAAAAUAUGUAGUGUCAUAGUGCUGAAAGAACCAGGCAAGAGAGGUGAGAGGGUGUGUGUUGUGGGCAAGUUAUAGCUUUACACACAACUGUUAGAGAAGGCCUCUCUGGGAAACUGAGGCACUGGAGGUGCGGAAAGAGCUACUUUGGCAGUGUCUGCAGCCUGAAGCCCCCCGAGAAGCAGAGUCUAGAGUCAUGUGGUAUGUUGGUGGAGAGGAAUCUCUGCAAGUGCUGGUCCUGUGGGACAGUCCCACCAGGAGAGGACUGUGGAGUGCUGUUGGCCCACAGCUAACCAGGCUAUAGAGAUGCAGGCGGGGGUCGAGCAAGAGGCUCUGGGAGAAGGUGGCGCUUCUCAUACUGAAAAUGGACAGAAAAGACCUAAUUCUCCAGACUUGAAUUUCAUAGACCAGUAAUUGUUGUUAAAAGAGCAUGCAAAGCAAUCUCCACCAUCUCAUGAAGACUAGAUGUGAUUACAUCAGAAGGGGCCAUUUUAUAAAGGCACGCUUCUAGGGGUACACACCUGAAAUCACUGUUAUCCUCAUUUACACAACGGGUAAGAUCUGUAGAGGGCUGGGCCAGUGUGGAGCACCUACCAUUCUGAGCAAGACUAUCACGAGUUCAAACUCCUCCUCAGUGACAGAGGCCGGCUUGGACUACAUGAGACUCUGUGUCUCAAACAAAGCAAAACCAGAUGUGUUUAGAAUUUUAAUUUUGGCUGAGUUUUCACCUGUAUUCCAGAUGAAGUUGUCAAAUGAUUAUGUGUAUUAAAUCCAAACGGUGUGUUAUACUACCUAAAAUACAUAAUCAUGUGCUAUAUAAAGUUACAUGUUCUACCUAAUAUACAGUGAUGUACACUUAGUGUUUUUGAAACAGGGCUUAGAGAGCUAAGCUACCUUGGAACACAUCAUACAGCCAAGGUUGGACUCCUGAUCCUCCUGCCUCCAUCUAUCAAGUACUUGAACUAAACACACGUCAGGGCUGGGGCUGGAGAUACGGCUCAGCAGUUAAGAGCUCUCCCAGCUCUUCUGGAGGAUUGGUUCCCAGAACUCACUCUGGGUAGUUCACAACUGCCUGUAACUCUGGCUCCAGGGGAUCCAGCAUUCUCCUUUGGCCUUUGCACAUGCAUAUACAGGCACAAAAACAAUUUUUUUUUUUUUUUUGGUUUUUUGAGAUAGGGUUUCUCUGUGUAGUUUUGGUGCCUGUCCUGGAUCACUCUGUAGACCAGGCUGGCCUCGAACUCACAGAGAUGCACCUGGCUUUGCCUCCCGAGUGCUGGGAUUAAAGGUGUGCACCACCACCACCCGGCUUUUAAAAAAUUUUAAAAAGAAAUACAUGUUACUACAAUUAGCCUUGUUUUUAACAGUCUGUCUAUCCUAUUCGAGAUAAUCUUGAACACAUUAUCUUCCUGCUUCAACUUCCCAGUUACUGGUGUGUACUACCAUACAAAGUUGUUUUCCAAGUUUAGAGAUUAGUGAUAUUACCUGUAAUUAGAAAAUGUCCUUGAAGAUUCCCAUUGACAUAUAUAUCAAUAUAUCUAUAUUUUGUUUUGUUUUUGGUCAUUUGAGACAAGGUUCCACAUGUAGCUUAGGCUUGCCAAAGUCUUGACAAUCUUGCCUCAGCUUCUGAGGUUUAAAGACAGGAACAUCAUACCUGACCAAUAACUUAAAAAAAAAAUUAUUUUUAUCUCAUGUGCAUUAGUAUUUUGCCCGCACAUGUCUGUGGGACAGAUACCCUGUGUCAGAUCCCCUGAAAAUGGAGUUACAGGCAGUUCUGAGCUGCCAUGUGGGUGCUUGGAAUUAAACCUGGGUCCUCUGGAAGAGUAGCCAGUGCUCUUAACUGCUGGCCCAUCUCUCCAGCUCCUGACCAAGAACUUUUAAACAUGAAGAAACUUGUUUUAGAAAAACAAACCACUUUAAGAUUUACAUGUCCUAGGACAACCAGGGCUACACAAAGAAACUUUGUCUUGAAAAAAAAAAAAAAGAAAAAGAAAAAUGAAAAAGACAUGUUAGGGAAGGGUUUGUAGGAGAAAUCUUUUGUUAAGAGGAGAUGGAGAUGCUUGCUCUUGGGAUUUGGAAGGCAGUCAACACUUGGAACUUGUGCUUGUAACAAGCAGGAUGCAGACAACAGCUAACAGUCGGCUUCAGCAGUACUGUGGCUUGAAAGACUACUAACCAGGGUAUGAGAUGACUUCACACUUCCUGGAGGAAAUUAGUCUGACAUUUCUGACCCUCAGAAACAAACAAAUUCUAAUUUCCUUCACUGGUUGUUCUUCAGGUCAGUAAAAGCCACUCAGACCAAUGUGAAGGAAUGGAGAAAAACUGGCUUGUGUGACAUGAAAUCUAAAGGUUCAUGUUAGUUUUAUUGGUUUGCAGCUUAUGCUUAGCACAGACUGACUUGUCUUUAGCACAGUUCAGUACAUUUGACAGUUCAUGAAAUCUACUCCAUUUCUACACCUUAAUAAGCAGUGCAUUCUAAAAACAAUUUAAAUAAAAACAAUUCCUUGUUUUCCAA